CAAACUUACCAAAAUCUCAUUAAUUUCUAUAACUUGCAAAGAAUAAAAUCAUAUAACAAAACUCAUUUUUUUUCCAAUUUCUUUUUGUUGUUUGUAACAUAAAAAUACAAUGAUUUCAACAUGGAGGAAGAAAAGAGCAUCAAAGAGGAGUAACACAAAGAAACAAAUUGAAGAAAAAACCAUGGAGUUGUUAAUGGUUCCUAGCCAUUUCAAGUGUCCAAUUUCAUUAGAUUUGAUGAGUGAUCCUGUGACGUUGUCGACGGGGAUCACGUACGAUCGUGUGAGUAUCGAGACAUGGAUCGAAAACGGAAAUCAAACAUGCCCCAUCACUAAAAAAUUGUUGAACACACUUGAGCCAAUUCCUAAUCACACCAUGAGGAAAAUGAUCCAAGAAUGGUGUGUUGCGAAUAAAGAAUAUGGGAUCGAGAGGAUCCCAACUCCAAGAAUCCCCGUUACCUCAUCAGAGGUAACGGGGAUUCUUAGAAAGAUCGAGUCUUGCUGCAAAUUGCAGCAAGGCUCAGAGUCUAGUCGCGAACUAGUAAUGAAAAUGAGGAAUAUGAUAAAGGAAAGUACAAGGAAUAAACGUUGCUUUGUUGCAAAUGGUGCAGGGAAGAUGUUAUCAUCUACACUUGAUUGUUUUACGGAGAAAUCAUCCGUUUACGAAGUUGAAACGAUGGAAGAAAUUAUAUCAGCUUUGACAAUAUUAUUGCCUCUAGAUAGUGAGUCCAAGUCGAUUCUUGGAUCAAAAUCAUCUUUAAAUUGCAUGAUUUGGUUCUUGAAAUGUGGAAGUUUAUCGAGCCGGAGAAAUUCAGUGUUUUUGCUUAAAGAAAUCAUGAGGAUGGAAGAAGUAUGGAGAGUUGAAGAGUUAUUAAAGAUUGAUGGAGGUUUAGAAUCAUUAGUGAAGUUAAUAAAAGAGCCAAUUUGUCCUACAACUACAAAAGCUUCUUUAUUAACAAUUUACCAUAUGGUUAAUUCAUCACAAUUAUCAAAUGACAAAGCAAGAUCAAAAUUUGUUGAUUUGGGGUUAGUGGAAUUGCUUAUAGAGACACUUGUGGAUUGUGAAAAGAGCAUAUGUGAAAAAGUAUUGGGAAUUUUGGCUAGACUUUGCAACUCACAAGAAGGGAGAAAAAGGGCUAAUAAUUAUGCCUUAACUAUUCCUGUUUUGAUCAAGAAAUUAUUGAGAGUUUCAGAUUUAGCAACUGAAUUUUCAGUUUCAAUAUUAUGGAAGUUAUUAAUUGGGAAGAAUGAUAAUGUUGUGCUUAUUAAUGAAGCACUUCAAGUUGGUGCAUUUCAAAAGCUAUUGUUACUAAUACAAGUUGGUUGUGGUGAAAAUACUAAGGAGAAGGCAAGUGAGUUGUUGAAAUUGUUGAAUUUACAUAGAGGUGAGGUAGAGUGUAUUGAUUCUUUGGAUUUGAAGAACCUAAAGAGGCCAUUUUGAACAUUUAGUUUAGUUGAAAUUAUGUGUAUACAUUCACUUUUCAUAUGUCAAUAUACAAAAUUUAACAAGGAAUGAUAAGUUAUGAAUAUUCUUUUGGAUA